AUGGGACACCUGAUUUCUCGGGUUCUGGUGAAGCAAAUUUCCGAAAAGCUGACCGAGGAGGUUCUUCGAGUUCCACUUAGCAAUGCUUGCUCACACAUACUAUUCGGGCGCUAUUGGUCUGAUAUUCAGUCUAUAUCAAAGCUCCAUAUUCCUUCGAUGGAGCUUUUGGCGGCGAUCACAGAAGGAGUGUGGCUUGCCAUGCGCAUUUUCUCAGUUUUAGGCAUGAGCGUGAUAUUUUCUUUGGUAGGAGGCUGCGUUCUCAUGUGCCUGUGUGACCUGAAGCUCGCAGCUGUUGCAUCUGUCAUCAUGAGCGCGCAUAGGCAAGCGGUGAACGAACGAGAACAGGGACUACACUCCCGUAGGUGUAUGCGUUUUCCGAUUUACUAUUUCUUCACCCGUUUCAAGUAUUGGAUGCCCACGGCUGUCCCUCACUUCGCCAAAUUCGCACCCAGCUGGCUACAGCUGCAGAAAGAAUCUGUGCCAUUGAGACAGACAGGACCUGGCGCCGAUAUAUUGUAA